UUUAAAGAUCACUCUCAAAACAAGGCGAAGUUCUCCGCAUCUCCUCCAUUUUUUCUACCUCACAUUUCGUCUCGUUGUGAUAGAGCCAACAAAAUCGUUUAGCUCUUGAAGAGUCCAGUCCAGUGACCAAGACGAAAUCAAUGGCGUCGUCUCUGAAGAGACGGGAGCAACCAGUGUCCAGAGAUGGCGAUCAGCUCAUCAUCACUCCUCUUGGCGCCGGAAACGAAGUGGGUCGUUCCUGCGUUUACAUGUCCUUCAAAGGCAAAACCAUUCUGUUUGAUUGCGGGAUUCAUCCUGCGUACUCGGGCAUGGCCGCUUUACCUUACUUCGAUGAGAUUGACCCUUCCUCCAUUGAUGUCCUCCUCAUUACUCACUUUCAUUUGGAUCAUGCAGCAUCCCUCCCUUAUUUUCUUGAGAAGACGACAUUCAAGGGGCGGGUCUUUAUGACACACGCGACAAAGGCUAUCUACAAGCUGCUGCUUACUGAUUAUGUGAAAGUUAGCAAAGUUUCAGUUGAAGACAUGUUGUUUGACGAACAAGAUAUCAACCGCUCCAUGGACAAGAUCGAGGUAAUCGAUUUCCAUCAAACGGUUGAAGUGAAUGGCAUCAAGUUCUGGUGCUACACUGCUGGUCAUGUUUUAGGUGCAGCCAUGUUCAUGGUGGAUGUAGCCGGUGUUCGUGUCCUCUACACCGGUGAUUAUUCUCGAGAGGAAGAUCGACAUCUUCGAGCAGCCGAGCUUCCUCAAUUCUCCCCCGAUCUCUGCAUCAUAGAAUCUACUUAUGGUGUCCAGCUCCAUCAACCUCGUCAUAUCCGUGAGAAACGCUUCACUGAUGUGAUCCAUUCGACCAUUUCUCAAGGGGGUCGUGUCCUCAUCCCGGUUUUCGCCCUUGGUCGUGCCCAAGAACUUCUCUUGAUCCUGGACGAGUACUGGUCAAACCACCCGGAUCUACAUAAUAUCCCGAUCUACUAUGCUUCUCCGCUCGCCAAGAAGUGCAUGGCCGUUUACCAGACGUAUAUACUCUCCAUGAAUGACAGAAUCCGCAACCAGUUUGCAAACUCUAAUCCUUUCGUGUUCAAGCACAUUUCCCCACUGAGCAGCAUAGAUGAUUUCAGAGAUGUCGGCCCGUCCGUGGUCAUGGCUAGUCCUGGAGGGCUUCAGAGUGGUCUUUCGAGGCAACUGUUCGACAUGUGGUGUUCAGACAAGAAAAAUUCUUGUGUCUUACCUGGUUAUGUCGUGGAAGGAACCCUAGCGAAAACGAUUAUCAGCGAGCCGAAGGAGGUGACUCUUAUGAAUGGCCUUACCGCUCCUCUCAACAUGCAAGUUCACUACAUAUCAUUCUCUGCACAUGCUGAUUAUGCCCAGACAAGCACUUUCCUGAAAGAGCUCACACCUCCGAACAUAAUUCUUGUCCAUGGGGAAGCUAACGAGAUGAUGCGGCUUAAACAGAAGCUCAUGACCGAGUUUCCCGAUGGAAACACCAAGAUCAUCACCCCGAAAAACUGCCAGUCCGUUGAAAUGUACUUCAGUUCGGAUAAAAUGGCAAAAGCCAUCGGGAGAUUGGCCGAGAAGACUCCGGAAGUCGGGGAUACAGUCAGCGGCAUUCUGGUGAAGAAGGGUUUCACUUGCCAGAUAAUGGCGCCAGAUGAUCUCCAUGUUUUCUCGCAGCUUUCAACGGCGAAUGUAACUCAGCGGAUUACUAUCCCUUUCUCAGGUGCUUUUGGCGUGGUAAAGCAUCGCCUCGAAAAGAUUUACGAGAGUGUUGAUUCUUCGACGGACGAAGAAUCUGGGGUUCCGGUACUGAAGGUACACGACAGAGUAACGGUGAAGCAAGAGUCGGAAAAGCAUGUUUCACUGCAGUGGCCGUCGGAUCCAAUAAGCGACAUGGUCUCGGACUCCAUUGUGGCGUUGGUUCUUAACAUCAGCCGUGAAGUUCCCAGGAUCGUGGUCGAUGAAGAUGCUGUGAAAUCCGAGGAAGAAAACGAGAAGAAGGUGGAAAAAGUCGUAUAUGCCCUUCUCCGUUCGCUUUUCGGGGAUGUGAAACUCGGGGAGAACGGGAAGCUUGUGAUAAGCGUAGACGGUAAUGUGGCACAGCUCGAUAAACUGAGCGGGGAAGUCGAGAGUGAGAACGAGGGUCUUAAAGAAAGAGUUCGAGUCGCCUUUCAGCGGAUUCGGAGCGCCGUGAAACCGAUUCCGCUCUCGGAAUCUUAGCUUUCGCUUUCCGUCACGCCCUCGAUGUCGAUGUGAUGGACGGGUUUCGGGGCAGAUCCAACCGAACUGUGUAAUGUUUGGACAAUGACUUGUAUCCUAAUGUGUGUAUUGUCGGUUUUUGUUUCGGAUCUAAUUUUUCGGUUUUAUAAAAUUCGGUUCGGAUUCCGAAUUA